GCCAGUAGGCGUGCAGAGCUCUGAGAGCACUGAGCGCCUCUGGGCACGAUUGCUGUGCUCACAGGAGACUGAUCGCUGAGGCAGGGCUCUGCCACUUCCAUCCUGGAAACUUGAUAAUCAAUGACUCUCUAGGAGUUGGAAACCCGGGGACUCAAGGAAGAGAAACAAAACACCCAGUGUUUCUGUCUGUGCCCAUUUGGAACCGAGAGUUUCUAGCUCUGGGCCUUUCCUGUUAACACCACAACUCUGGCUGCUUCCAGAUGCACCUUGCAAGGAACUGAGGGGCUGUGGGACAUCCACGAAGAGAUCCUCAAGGAUGUCUCAGAGCCAGCAGAGUCUCUGAACUGUUUGGUGAGCUCUUCAGAUCCAUGUUAUCCCCCCUGUGUUGUGCCAAGUGAAAACCCUUUCCAAGGAAAACGGACCAGGAGCAGGGAGAGCAGGGAGAGGUUACCUUAAUUUUGUGGACGCUUCUAGUUUCCAAAAAGCUGAGUGUAUGUAUUUGCUUCUCAAAACGAGAAGCAGGAGAAUCCUCUUCAGUGCAGUAAAAGAGUGAAUUCUUCCUGCAAGCUUGGAAAGCAGGGUGGAGACGGCAACCUUCUCAGAUCACAUUCCAGCUCUUCCCAUACCUCAAUAUCUGUUGCUAUGGAGACUUCCAACGGGACUGAGACCUGGUACAUGAGCCUCCAUGCUGUGCUGAAGGCGCUGAACACAACCCUUCACAGUCACUUGCUCUGCCGGCCUGAGCCAGGACCAGGGCCAGACAAUCAAACUGAGGAUCGUCGGGCUAGCCUUCCUGGUCGUAAUGACAACUCCUACAUGUAUAUUCUCUUUGUCAUGUUCCUAUUUGCUGUCACUGUGGGCAGUCUCAUCCUGGGAUAUACCCGUUCACGCAAAGUGGACAAACGUAGUGACCCCUAUCAUGUGUACAUCAAGAACCGUGUGUCUAUGAUCUGAUGUGAGGUACCCGAGGACAAUGGAAGAUUACAAUGUCUGAGGAUUGUCUUCCGGUGCCUCCGGAACUCAACUCAACCAUAUCAAGCCACAGUGUAUCUAUAUAAGAUCAACAGGAAACUGGUAAGAGGGUUAGAUCAUUAUUAGGACCAGAGAAGAGGGGCUGAUAGGCCCAGUCUUGUGGAUGAGACAUUUUUCAAGACACAGAUGUGCAUUAUGAACUCAGAGCCCGUGAACACACACACACACAUAUAUAUAUAAAGUAUGGUCAACCAGCAAGUAGAAGAAGAAGCUGUGACAAAGGGAAAUGGGGCAGAAAGAUGCUCCAGAUAUAUAAUAUUUUAAUGUAUGAUCUUCAACAUGAGAAACCUUGAUAAAACUGAGAAUGCUA